AUGGCGGAGGAGCGGCGCUUUCUCUCGGCCUCCGGGGUGCCGAUCGCGCUGCGGCGCCGCCAGCACAGCGCGUCCUGCCGGGAGCUGGCGGUGCGCGGCCCCCGCCUGCAGCUGCGCUCGCUCAGCGCCGCCACCUCCGCCGUCUGGCUGGCGGCCUACGGGCUCUUCGCGCUCUGCGAGAACAGCAUAGUGCUCUCUGCUGCCAUCUUCAUCACACUGCUCGGCCUGAUCAUAUACCUGCACUUCGUGAAGAUUGACCAGGAAUCCCUGCUGGUCAUCGGCUCACUCGGCAUUCAGGUGACUUCAGCCUACGCCUCAGGGAAAGAGAGCACAACCUUCAUUGAGAUGGGUCAAGUGAAGGAUGUGGUUAUCAAUGAAGCCAUCCAUAUGCAAAAAGUUAUCUACUACCUUUGUAUCCUCCUCCAGGACCCUGAAGAUCCUCAGGCAGUAUCUGAGGUUGUGCCACUCUUUCAGAGCUCCAAGCCACGACUGGACUGCUUGAUAGAAGUGUACAAAAGUUGUCAAGAGAUCCUGGAGCAGAGGAAGACAGCUCCACAAUCAAGUGAAAUAAAAUAGCUGAAAAAAAGACAGCAAACUUUCAGCAGGACUCAGAGGGACACGUGGGAAAGCAAGAAAAACUGGCCCAUUAGCAGAGCUUUUUAGGCUCAGACAGAAGAAACUUUUUCUUGCCUCUCCAGAAAAGAAUUAUGGGGAAAUAGGGCAAAGGGAGAUAAGAAAAUGCAUCCAUUUUUUACUGUUUCAUGCAUCUGAAAAUUAUGCUAAAAUUAUAAAAUAACCUUGGCUGGAUUGCCAUAAGUAUGCAUUUUUUGGUUUUUAUUUAACCCUUUGUUUGAAAAUCACACUCUAAAUACCAAAGCUGAUGUGUAGGAUCAGAUAGUAACUUCCUGAAGACAGGAGAAUUUCAGAAGGACAAAACCAGAAAAUUAAACUGUUGCAUUCGGUUAUGUUUAAUGGAAUAAACAUCAAAGAGAUCUGAA